AUGUUGCUAAAUUAAACAUAACUAAACAUAAGACCGGAGUUAGAAGCAGUUGUGUGUCUGUUUGAUUAAAUAUUAGUUUAAAUUAAAGUUACUAAAAACCUUUACUGUGUUUUAACUCUUCCGGUUAGCUUAGCCGUUAGCUUAACUUCCUCACCGGGAAGAAGAAGAAGAAGAAGAAGCAGCUGGUUGUUUGACGCGGCGGAGUCCAACAUGGAGGACAUGUACAUUAAACCAGGUAACCAGGAGCGGGGAUGGAACGACCCCCCUCAGUUCUCAUACGGCCUCCAGAUGGCCCGCGGACCGCACAGGAACCUCCUGAACAAGAGAGCAGCUCCAGCAGCAGCUUCAGAUGCAGGAGCCCCGCCCAUGGCUCCUCCCUCAUGCAGUCCUCUGGCCCCACCUCCAUGUGGUCUGGCCCCGCCCCCUCUGCACCCAGCUCGUCCUCCAGGAGGCAGCGUGGCCACGCCCCCUCCGCCCCUGGGACCAGUGAGAAGUCAGAAAGAGGCCGACAGCAGCCAAUCAGAGAGUGAGCCUGAUGUGGAGGGCGUGCUGUUGGUGUUGAACCGAGCGCUCGCUGCCUGCAGACAGACAGUCAGAGAUCAGGUGUGUAACGACGUGGCAAAGAGGCUCCGCCUCCUGGAGGACAGCUGGAGGUCGGGCAGACUGAGCCUGCCGGUCAGGAGACGCAUGGACGCCCUGUCUCUGGAGUUACAGGCUGGCCGCUGGGACUCAGCUGAUGAGAUCCACCGCUCGCUGAUGGUCGAUCAUGUGACCGAAGUUAGCCAAUGGAUGGUCGGCGUCAAACGACUCAUCGCUGAGACCCGAAAACUGAGUCCAGAGCUAUUAGAACCACUUCAGAAACCAGCAGGACCAGUCCAGGACCCUGCAGGACCAGUCCAGGACCCUGCAGAACCAGUCCAGGACUCUGCAGGACCAGUCCAGGACCCUGCAGAACCAGUCCAGGACUCUGCAGGACCAGUCCAGGACCCUGCAGGACCAGUCCAGGACGCAGUCUCCCAGUCCUGACUCUGUUAAUCCUUCAGUUUCUUUGUGCUGUCUGCAGACUUUGAUUCUUUUAACCAAAACCAGGAGGUGAGAUCCCCAGGAGCAGGUAGGGGGUCAGUGGUUUGACCCUAAACCGGGAUGGACACGUCCUUCAGUUCUGGUCCGGACUGUGUCUGGUCCCAGGACUGUAGACUUUGGUAUUACAUUAUAAGUCCUUAGACCAUGAAGCACAUGUUGAAUCAUUCAGACUUCACUUCCUGACGACAUCAUGAUCAAGAAUCAGAACCAAGUCCAGAAAUCAGCUCAGAGACCAGAGAGACGCUGCAGAACUAACGGGAGCUGCUGAUUCAGGCCCUUUUAAUGGGGCCAGUUUCACUAAAUCCUAAUCUGUUAAAACCAGGUCUGGUGUCUUGAUUUUUGUCUUGGGGUUGCUGCUCAGUGUCAGACUUUGAAAUCCACCACUCUGGUCUCUAGAAUCUGUGUUCUGGACACCCUGGACCCUAUACUGUAGACUGUAGACUUGGUUUCUGGACUCUAGCCUUUGAACUCUCUUCAGACUCUCUGGACUCCCCUCCAGCUGCUCAGCAACACCCUUGUCACUACCCAGAACAUCCUAGAAACCAGCGCUGACCCCUCUUAUCUAUGGCCUGUUUCUGGACUCUAACGAUCUACACGGUCAUGUGAUUUUUCCACCAAUCACAGCAGAGCUCUAAGCAUUAACGGUAAACCUCCGUUUAUAGGCGGAGACUGAAACAAAUAAAUGUGGGAAUAAAUCUCUUGUCUCCUUUCUGCGUU